AUGAUCGACCGCUGCACGAAGUGGCCCGAGGCAAUACCAGUACGCGACAUAACAGCUGAAGUUGUCGCUAAAGUCUUGUACGAGCAUUGGAUUACGAGAUUUGGAUAUCCGCUACGCAUAACGACAGAUCAAGGUCGUUCCUUCGAGUCAAACCUUUUCAACGCUCUCCUGAAGAAACUUGGAACCACAAGAAUACGUACCACUGCCUACCACCCUCAGGCGAAUUCUCAAGUUGAAAGGCUCCACCGCACCUUGAAAGCCGCUCUUAUGGCAAGGGGCGAAAGUUCAAGAUGGUCCGAAGAGUUGCCUACAGUUUUAUUUGGAUUACGAGCCGCACUACGCAGCGAUAAUAACCUGAGUCCUGCAUUGAUGACGUAUGGAUCCCCACUACGCAUGCCAGCUGAUUUCUUCGUACCUACAAAGUCGACGAUUGAAGAUGCAGAGUUUGUACGACGUUUGUCAGAGAUUAUGUCAUCACUUGUACCAGUAACCCGGACGCACGCCACGCAACUAAGACUUUUCGUGCAUAAGGACCUUGCAUCGUGCAUCCACGUAUUCGUGCGCAAUGACACCGUGCGACCCCCGCUCACACCACCAUAUGACGGCCCGUUCGAAGUUCUCAAACGCUACGACAAGUAUUUCAAGAUACAAAUGCCACAACGAACUACUGUCGUUACCAUUGAUCGUCUGAAGCCAGCCUACAUCUACAAUGAAGACGUCACAAGCGUCAGCCAGCCUCCUGCAACUAGCCCAGACACACAGACGUACGUAACAAGAUCGGGCAGAGUCACGAAACGUAUUCGCUUCGCUUGA